AUGGACAGCCUUCCAACAGAGAUCGUGCACCACAUCUGCUCGUUUCUGGACCUUGGUAGUGUUCAGCAAUUCCGUCUCGUCUGCAAGAGCUUCUCAACAAUCGGAGCACAAUAUCUUUGCGUUGGUGUACGAUACUCGGUACAUGACCCUAUCCAGAAAUUAAUGGCUCUCUCGAGUCGACCUCAUAUUGCCAGAGGGGUACGGAAGAUACGGUAUUCUCGGCUUCCUGCUUUCCUAUCGAGACUACACACGGGGAACUUCUUUGCGCGUAUGGCGAAUCCGCCAAUGCCUGAUCUAGGUCAUAAUCCUCACCCAAGUUUCUUUUUGGGCUAUGAGUAUGAUUACUUAUACUUCUUACAUCUACUUCCCCGGUUUCCACGACUUCGACUUAUUGUUCUGGAUAUCACCGAGCCUGUAAGCGAUUUCGGAAAAGAACAGCCCGUUCAGUUCUACUUCGAGAAUCUCCCUACAGUCACCCCCGCGAGCCAACCCCUGAAAAUGCUGUUACAGGCACUCGUGGAUAGAGGAUCCAGCUUGGACGGCCUAGCAGUUACUUUCCUCGAUUGGGGAUUUUUCGACUCGAGUGAUGCUGAACUCAUGCCAUUGUUUAAACCCAUUAUCAACCUCAAGUAUCUGGAGCUUGUAUUCAGCAACAUGUAUCUGCUCUCGUCCCCUCAUCAGGGAAGGGUAGUUCGCCGAUGCAACGAAAUCUUGAAAGCCGGCGCGAUCCGAAAACGCCUCGCCAUCUUUACUGAGCUACGCACGUUAAACCUUGAUUUCGCUAUGUUUACUAAUAACCCCGACUGGGGGGUAUUUAAACGUUCUUCUUCUGGUACGUCGCUAGAUGAUAUAAUCCCUCAAGGGUUUACCUGGUCAUAUUUGCAUAGCCUUAGAUUAUGCCAGAUUAACACCGAACGGCAAGAAUUGAUGGAAUUCCUCUAUCGUCACAGAGGAACACUCCGCAAACUACAUUUCAAAUCGAUUGCUCUUCGGAGUUCUUCAUGGAUCGUUCUAAUGACCGAUAUUCGGAGGGAGCUGAAUCUGACAGAAGGAUUCAUGCGCGGGAAAAUCCUGGGCUACAACGAAAGCACGGAUAUAAAGCAGGGAGAACAGUAUUGGGAUAUGAUUUAUCUAACUCAGGAUGUUUGGACAAGAAUCAACAGAUAUUUCGUGCGGGAUGAGAAGACUCCGGAUAUGGAUGUUUGCCCUCUCCAGGAAAUUAGCUAUACCGAAUGGUAGCAAGUAUUUUGCUCAGAUAUCAACUAGGUACGAUGUGUAGAUGAAGUGGAGUUCUCAUCGCAGAUAUAACC